UGCUUCCACCUCUCGGCGCCGCGCCGCCCCCACCGUGCGGCGCCGCACCGCCCCCACCUCCCGGCCACGCACCGCCCCACACCUCCUAAGGGACGCCCGCCCCUACUCCGCCUGGCCAAGCGACACCGCGCCACCGGCCUGCUCACCGGCGAGGCCCUCCUCCCCCACUACCGCCAUGGUCGUUCGACGCCAUCACUGCAGGCCGUUCGAUGCCACCACCGCAUGCUGUCCUCCUCGGCAAAGAGCGUGACCGGUGGCCGCUUGAGGCCAGGCUCAUCUGCGCCGCCCACGACGGUAGCGUCCGCAAAAUCAAGAAGACCGCAAAGGAGCUCGAUGUGCAUGGGCACGGUAUCCCGGCGACGGUGGCCAGCACCACCAACAUGGGAAUGAACAUGCUGGACAUCAGUCCAAGUAGAAUAACGGCCACCAUCUUCACCAAGCGCUGCACAUCCAUCCAAGUCGAGUACAUACAACAGUCCAAGGUCACUCGUCUAAAGUCAAGGGUCCACGACAUAUGUUUCAGAAGAUCAGUACCAUCAUUACAAACAAAUCAGUACUAUCAUUACAAAAAGGAGGUUCAAAGACUGCCGUGUAGCAAGUUCAAGAGUUUAGUUUUGUGAAAAAAGUGAUCUCUUGGUCAGGAUUUCCUCCUCGGCGACGUACACUCAUUCAUGCUCCACCGGGUUUCGUCCUCCUCCCCUGUCCCUCCUUCCCCCAUCGCAGAGACGUCCAUGCCUCCUUCCAUCAUCGGCAAGGGAGCAGGAGGUGCUCCAGCAGGCGUCCGCCGGCGAAAUCUGCAGGCCAGCCUCCAUCUUCCACCUCUCCUACUCUCCGUUGGUGCAGCAGCGCCAUCAUGCAGUUCGGCCGCUCCUGGGCGCACGAUUCAUGACAAAAUUCGCACCAUACAUUAUUAUUAUGUCAUUUAUUUUCAGCAACUAUUCAAAUAGUUUGUACAUUCUGAAUUGCAAAAAAAAAUAUUGUACACUUACAUGUGAUAAACACAUUUACCUUAAUAAUUGUCCCCAAUAAGCAGCCAGAAAGCUUCAUCUUGUACAUAUUUCUUACUUUCUAUCACUAUCAGUUCAAGUGAUCAAAAUGGUAUAAAAAACAAGUUGAAUAUUCCUCGUUUUGUGUCUCUUUGGAUCCAAAACAUUUUCAAUUCUAGUGUAGCUUGCUAUAAGAAAAUAUAACUUCACUGUGCAAAAGCUCAAUGGUUCAAAUGCGAUUUGUAAUUCACUGUGCAAAUGAAAUAUAUAAGUUCAUAGUAGUCUCGGUUGAGUUUAUUGCUUCAGUUCAAUUUCUAAUUUUGUUCAGUUCAAUAUCCAGUUUUAGUUUAGUUCAGUUCAAUUCUUAUUUUUAGUUUAGUUAAGUCAACUCUUAUUUUUACUUCGGCUAUCUGAUGUAUUCCCCAUGUUAUUUGAGUAACCGAAAAGUGCUUCAUUUUCAUGCUUCUAAGAUACUACUCCUCCGUAUCUAACUGAGCUUCAGCGUGCUUCUUUCUGUCUUAGUACUAAUUUUCUUUGCCAUCAUAUAUCACAAGAUAGUACUGUUUGUAUCCUACUAAUAGUUUCUAGAAACUUGAUGAGUUAAUAAAUGAAUAAUUUCUUGUUGCAAGUCUGGUCUCAUUGUCCAUGCUAUCUUGUUAUGCUUAUUAAGAUUGUCCAUGCCAUCUUACUCUAGUUGGUAAAUGAGUGAAGAACUUUUUGAUAUUCCGAGUAGGAAAAUUUUGAUCACAUAGCUAGUAGUAACUAAAGAGAGUUCAGUUUGUUAUCUUAGUUAAGUUCAAUUUCUAAAUUUUAGUUAACUUAAAUUAAGCUCUAUUUUUAUUUUUGGUUCAGUUCAAUAAAACAAAAAAUGGAGGUUCAGAUAUGGCGCCGAGAUAGGUUCAGAAAAUGGGGGCAACAACAACGGCAGUAGCAACAUCGAAGAGCUGGAGAUGAGCAAGUUAGGUACUGGCAAUGACAUCGACAAGUGCGAGAUGGCGGCCGCUGACGUCGCUAAAUCCCUCUUGAAACAGGUGGUUGGCUACUCCAAGCGGUAAAUGUGGUCGGAUUUAGUAGCUAGCUCUUCCUCGAGCAACCAUUUGGAUAACUUUAUUGUGUUCUUGUGGUGGUGAUUGAUUUUAGGAUCAGUGAAGUUGAUGUUGGUAGCUAGCUUGCGUAUGAAACCAGCAAAUUCAAUAUUGGCAUUAGAUUCAGUUCUUGUACAAAUGUCCCAGUGUUCACAUUUAUUUGGGUAAAAGUUUAUUUUAGUUCAGUUACA